GUUAGUAUUGUAUUUCACGUGUAAAACGAAAGAAUCAAAAUGGCCGUGGGUAAAUUAUACAUGAUUGACUUAAGUCCUCCAGUCAGGGCCGUAUUACUGACUGAGAAAGCUUUGGGAAUCAAUUUGGAGCAUAAAGAACUAAAUCUUCUCGGUGGGGAACACUUGAAAGCUGAUUAUGUUAAGAUGAACCCCCAACAUACUGUACCAUCCUACAUGGACCAAGAUGGUUCGGUCAUAGGUGAUAGUCAUGCUAUCAUGGCUUAUCUUGUUGGUAAAUAUGGUAAAGACGAUUCUCUCUAUCCGAAAGACUUGUACAGUCGCUCAGUGGUUGAUCAACGUCUCCAUUUUGAUAGUGGAAGUCUCUUUCCGCUUUUGAAGACCUGUGUCUUGGGAUUCACCAGAAAGGGUUGGACCUCAAUCAGUGAUGAUAUCAUAGAACAAGUGAAGACAUCCUAUGACUUUCUAAACAAAUUCCUGCAAGGAGAAAAGUUUGUAGCUGGACCUAAAGUGACAAUCGCCGAUUUCAGUUGUUUGACUUCCGUCACAGCUCUGGGACUUAUCAUUCCACUUGAUGAAAAAUUAUAUCCUAAUAUCGCUAGCUGGUUGAAGCGUUGUGAAGAAUGGCCAUUUUUCUCUGCGCAUAGUGAAGGAUUCGCCAAGGCUAAGGUGGUAUAUGGCUCCUUCACCAAAAAUUCUAGCAAAUUCUUCGCAGUUGUUCUUGUAUGCGCCGUGGUGGCCCAAGUGGCCGUGGCUAAAGUAACCCCACCACCAACUACUACAGCUGGUGACUUUAUGGCCGUUGUGGGACCUCGUGAUGCUGCGGUAGUACCCCAAAUGGGUUGGUUGGGUCUUACCGUUCGUGGCAUCCUCACCGGCAACAAUCUUGUCAGUUGGUUAUUGACUAUUUUGUUCUUGAACAUGCCUUUGGUAGCUCUGGUUGAUGUACUCUUCACCGUAUCCUGCGUCGGUGGAGUGUCUAGUAUUGGUGUUCUUGGAAACAUCCUUUGGCUUCUUACCCAGAUCAUACUUGGACCAUUGCUGUGGAUCUUGCAAUUGAGGAGUCUUCUUGCCAACGUAAUCAACUCCGCUGAUUUUAUCAUGGCGGUUGGUAAAUUAUACAUGACUGAUCUCAGCCCACCCUGUAGGGCGGUAAUCCUCACUGCUAAGUCGUUGGGCAUCGAAUUGGAAUUGAUUGAGACCAAUAUCAUGGCUGGUGAAACUGCAACACCUGAAUUUUUAAAGAUGAACCCGGCUCAUGCUCUACCGACAUACAAAGACAAUGAUGGUACUGCAAUGGGUGACAGUCAUGCUAUCAUGGCAUUCCUUGUUGGUAAAUAUGGAAAGAAUGAUUCAUUGUAUCCGAAAGACCUAGCCAAACGUGCGGCGGUUGAUCAACGAUUACAUUAUGAUAGUGGGAAUGUUUACAGUUUGCACGUCUCUAUUGUGUUUCCAAUGUGGAUGCGACAAAGUGAAGGCAUCUCCCAAAGACAACUGGAUUCAGCUAAAAGCAUGUAUAAUGUUUUAAACACAUUCCUUGAAGGUAAUACCUGGAUCGCCAAAACCGCUUCUCCAACGAUUGCAGACUUUUCUCUGGCUACUUCUGUUAAUGCCAUUAAUGUUGUGGCUCCAAUGGAUAAAGCUACGUGUGGCAAUGUGGUUGCAUGGUUGAAGCGAUGUGAUGGUAUACCACACUACCAGGAAGUUAAUAAGAAGGGCAAGAUCUCUACACAAGUAUUCUCAAAUGCAUGAUGAAUAAUGAUUAUUCUUUCAUGGAUAAGUUUGCUUAAAUAAUAUUUAGAUUGUGGACAAACUGAUAUGAUGGUUGUUAUAACUAGGCAAAUUUGUAAAUAUAAGUCAGUUAUAUUGAACUAAACGAAUUACAUAAAGCACAAAAAU